AUGCCAAUUGAAAUAGUCCACGUGCCAAUGGAAAUAGCCCAUGUGCCAAUGGAAAUAGUCCAUGUGCCAAUGGAAAUAGCCCAUGUGCCAAUGGAAAUAGUCCAUGUGCCAAUGGAAAUAGUCCACGUGCCAAUGGAAAUAGCCCACGUGCCAAUGGAAAUAGCACAUGUGCCAAUGGAAAUAGUCCACGUGCCAAUGGAAAUAGUCCACGUGCCAAUGGAAAUAGGCCAUGUGCCAAUGGAAAUAGUCCAUGUGCCAAUGGAAAUAGUCCACGUGCCAAUGGAAAUAGCCCAUGUGCCAAUGGAAAUAGUCCAUGUGCCGAUGGAAAUAGUCCACGUGCCAAUGGAAAUAGUCCAUAUGCCAAUGGAAAUAGCCCAUGUGCCAAUGGAAAUAGUCCACGUGCCAAUGGAAAUAGUCCACGUGCCAAUGGAAAUAGCCCAUGUGCCAAUGGAAAUAGUCCAUGUGCCAAUGGAAAUAGCCCAUGUGCCAAUGGAAAUAGUCCAUGUGCCAAUGGAAAUAGUCCACGUGCCAAUGGAAAUAGGCCAUGUGCCAAUGGAAAUAGUCCACGUGACAUUGGAAACAGGCCAUUUGCCAAUGGAAAUAGUCCAUAUGCCAAUUUAA